UUGCCUUUGUGUUUCUUGCGUGCAGACGCGUUUUCGUUAUUCAGCUCUCUAACCAUUUACUCUGUGUAUUCAAUUCGCACUUUGCAUAAAAAAUAGAGAAUUAUAAAUGAAGAAAUACAAUUUUAGUGAUUUGAUGAAAUGAACAGUUAAUUUAUAAAAGUGUGAAAUUAGUGUUUGGAGCAAGGAAACAAUACAAAUGCAGCCCUACUAUAUCUUGAGCCAAAGACGAUGGAUGAUGCUCGAGCUCAGUACAAAAACAAUAAGAGCUCUGAACAAAUAGCAAUAAAUCAACAUAAACAAAUGCCAGUGAACAGCAACAACAACAACACAAUUAAAAGCACAAACAUUUACAAUUAAUAUAAGCGAAACACAACAACAACAACAACAAAAUAACAGUGACGAAUCGUUAAGAGAAUUCAAAUUCAAGAAGAAAAAAAAAAAAACAAUAGAUCUUAUCAAAUCAGCAACAUGUUCAAUUUUCAUAAACCACGCGUCUACCGCUCGACAGAUGGCUGUUGCAUUUGCCGUGCCAAAUCGAGCAGUUCACGUUUUACAGCCUCGCGAAAAUAUGAAAAGGAAUCGAUGCAAUGUUUCAAUCUAAACGAGCCACGAAAUGGUGAAAUUUGCAAUGCGUGUGUUUUGUUGGUGAAACGUUACAAGCGUUUGCCUGUGGGCAGCAAGCGACAUUGGGGACAUGUGGUUGAUGCACGCGCUGGUCCCGGUACCAAAUCUUUGGCCAAGCAGAAGAAGCGCGAAAAUGAAAGUGAUGGCGGUGGAGGUGGAGGAGGGGGCAGCUCUUUAAGUGAAAAGUUUGCCAAGAUUUUGAAAAAGAAUCGCAAGGUGAAAACAACCAGUGCGCUGGCGCCAUCUGUCGACCAGCAGCAGCAGCAACUGUUGCUGCUUAAAGCGCCAUCUAUGCGCGCGGAGGAGCAACCAAGUGAUUCCAAUGAGAGCAACGAUGAGGAUCAGCAACAGCAACAACAACAACAACAACAAUUGGUGGCAACAAGUGUUGUUGUUGCUGCUGCUGCCACGCCAUAUCAGACACGCAAGCGCACCGCAGCGGCAGCAUUGGCAACAACAACAACAACGCCAACAGCAUCGAUAACAGCUAUCGAUAAAAUGCGUUCGAUGGGCAGCAAGCGACGUCGCAUUUUACAACCGAUUAAAAAUCGUCGUGCUAUCGAUAACGUGCCGUUCUUUGAGCCAAACGAUUUGCUGCGACUCGAUGUUUGUUGUGGCAUCGUCUAUCAAAGUCUGAGCUUGGGCAGCGCGUGCUUUAUUAUCGAUACCGAUUUGUAUACACCCUGUGAGAAGCAUCGACGACGUGGCCGACAACAACAGCAGCAGCAGCAACAACAACAACAACAAGUGCUGCAACCGCAACAACAACAGACAAUUGUUAAUUCCGUUGCAAGUCAGAGCAUCAGCACGCCGGCUUUAAAGAAGCAUCAUUUGUAUUUUAAGCGACAAUCGGAGUCAUUUCCACAGGGUGACAUACAUAGGAUAAGUCCAAUUCCAAUUUCCAUACCAAUUCCAUUGCAAAAGACUGAUCCGAUAACGACAACAACAUCAACAACAAAUGUACAACAACAACAAAGGCAACAUUCCACUGCAACAACAAAUGGUGGCAGCUUAGCGCUUAUACUCAAAUCUGCAGCUGCAACAACAACAACAUCAUCAUCAUCGUUAUCAUCACCAUCAUCAUCAUCAUCAGCUGGUUUGCAUGCCAGCCUGCUUACAGCAACAGCAACAACAACAACAACUGCUGUAGGCGCCGCCUCCCCCUCAUCCCUCUCGUCCUCUUCCAAUUGCUCCACAUCGUCAUCGGUGGCCACCAAAUUCAAUGACAACUCCUCGGACUCGGGAUUCGAUGAACAUGUCCUCGAGCGCAAAUCCGUUAGUCCGCCAACGCAAGACGAGUUACAGCUGGACAAUAAAAAGCUGCGCGGUGGCAUGCAACGUUUGAUAUUGGCCAGUGGAUUGCCAAUAAGUGGACAGUCGCAGAAUUUGGUGUUGACCGGCAACGAAUUCACUGCACGCUUUGUGCAGCGACAGCAGCAACAGACGUCGACGCAGUCGCUGAAAAUAACAACAGCAACAACAGGAGCGGGCGGAGUAAACGUAGCAGCGGCAGCAACAACAACAACAACAACAGGAUCUCAAAAUAGUGGCAACUGCAAUAAAAUGCAAAUGCGUGCAAUAUUCAACAAUGCGAAUACAAUUCAACAUGAGAAUGGGGUGACAACAAUAUUGCCAGCAUCCUCCAUAGCAGCCAGCAAUCAAACGGCCGCCAUGAAUGCCAUAGCACCCAGCACGGUGACCAUAACACCGGCAAAAAUUAACAGCAGCUGCAACAACAACAAUCCGAUUGCCAAUAAUGCCAAGUUUAUAUUGUUAAAGCCAACAGUUGGAAAAACGUCAGCAGAAGUAAAAAUAGCUUAAAGAGAGUGUGUUUGAGCGAGAAAGAAAGAGAGAGAGAGAUAGAGAGUAAAACAUUAUGUUAAUUAACAUAGCAUGAUGUUAGCCAUGUUAACUGGCUGUUAUUUACAUGCAUAACUGUAUUUACCUCUAAGCAAAACUGACAGCUCAAAAAAAAAAAUAGAAAGACACAAGAAAUUUGUUACAUUUUAUUGUGUCUCGAACACGUUGUACAUAUAUUAAAAACAUAAGCUUACAAAAACAGCUCAAUUCAUAAGACACACACACAUAACAUAACAGCUUAGUUUUUAAUUUUUUUUUUUUUUGGUUUCGUCAUUUAUGUACAAUUAUAUUAUAAGAAUACUCAGCUCAAAACGUAUCACUUAAAUAUUUAAAAAACAACAAAAGUAAUAAAUAUACCUUAAUUUUGUUUAUGUACAUAUGUUUACACACACACACACACACACACAUGCAUAUUUGCAUUCAAUUUUAAAACAUUAUUUACAUUAUAGAUUUGCAUUUGCAGCAAACGGCUGAGAGAAAGCUGACUGCUAUGUUAACAGUUUUAUAUGUAGUGUAGUUGUAGUUGUAGUUCUAGUUGUAGCUGUAAUUGAAAUAAGCUCUCUCUGUUAACUGCAGAACGAAAAGCAAUAACAAAAACAAAACAAAAACAAAUGCCACAUACACAUGCAACAAAAUGUAGCCUUAGGAAUGCGCCUAAAAAAAUAAACAAUCCAUUUUUGUGUGUUAAACGUAAUACUAUGACAAAAAAAGCAAUGUUUUUUUUAAAUUAAUUUAAUAUACAAAUAAAAAUCAAAGAAAAUUCAAACAUAAA